AUUUAGUGUCACUUAGUAGAUCGUUGAGGGUGGAUGUGCUCAACAUGGAUUUUUACAAUUAAAAUGUAAACAAUAUUGUUAUUAAUCGAAAUGUCUCUUAAAAUUGUGUAUAUAGCUGCCAUGUGUGUGUUAUGUGCGGUGAAAUCUGUGCUGUGUGAUACAUACGUGAACGAAUUGGUAACGAGUAGUAACCAUAUCGCGUGUUCCCAUGACCACCCUAAAGUUGACCAAGUUGUACGCGGCGUUCACAUCGAACCAGCACACGUCGUUAAGAAGCGUAGCAUAGACCAACCCUUAAGGAUAAGCAUAUUUUAUGAUCACUCCGUAUAUAGGUUAGAACCAGAAAAAUUCGUUGUCAUAAACAACACUAUACUCCCAGAGGCGGUGAAGUUUUGGGAGAGCGCCCUGAAAGUGAGAAAAACCGGGGGACCAAUUAUACUUAACAGAAAAUGUCCAACUCGUCAAGUAUUUUUACACGAAGGCAGAGCGUACUGCAUAGACUUCUGCAGCGUAGACACGAUGUGUGGGGAAGUCAAGGUUCCUGAGCAUCACCUCAAUCCUUGCUACGUGUGCAACAGCACUGGCCAUAACUGUAGGGCGCUGCCGAGGGAGGUCGAUUUGGACGACGAGAUCACAGCCACAGAGAUCUCGGGGAACGCUCUCAAUGACGGAGCUGAUUAUGUUUUUCCAGCAGUCCCGGAAGUCAGCAGCGCUGAGAGUUCAAGAAUCGGCCCGAUCGGUAUAGAGAAUACCGAUUUCGUUUUAUACGUCAGUGCGUUGGAGACAAAUCGGUGCAAGCGCGGACUCACCGUGGCUUACGCGUCCCACUGUCAACAGGAGUCGGCUUUGGAUCGACCCGUGGCUGGUCACGCGAACUUCUGCCCGGCCGAACUCUCCACUAAGGCGCGCGAUCUGCCAUCUCUGCUGUCCACAGUGAAACACGAGAUGCUACACGCGCUAGGCUUCAGUGUCUCACUGUUUGGCUUCUACAGAGACGACAACGGCGAGCCGCUGACGCCACGACGCAAGGACACCGGAAAUCCGCCGCUUGACGAACAGUUGCAAAUCCACAAGUGGUCGGCCAAAGUCGUCAGGAACGUUACGAGGAGGAAGUGGAUGGUGCGCGGCGGCUACAUGGAGAGGACACUGCAGAUGGUGGUGACCCCACGCGUGGUCAAGGAGGUCCGCGCACACUUCAACUGUUCUCAGCUGGAGGGGGCCGAGUUGGAAGACCAGGGCGGUGAUGGAACGGCUCUCACACAUUGGGAGAAAAGGGUCUUUGAGAACGAGGCGAUGACAGGCACACACACACAGAACAGCGUCUUCAGUAGGAUAACCUUCGCUCUGAUGGAGGACACUGGCUGGUACCGCGCCAACUACGAGCACGCUACCAGCCUAGACUGGGGGAGGGACCUGGGAUGCAAUUUUGCCAUGACCUCGUGCAAGCAGUGGCUGAACUCGCAAAGGUUCAGACGUAAGAAUCCAGCACCGUUCUGUGAGAGGGUCAAGGGUGAUCCGCUGAGGACCGAAUGCUCUCCUCGGAGGAACGCCGUGGUGCUCUGCAACCUGGUCAAGCACGAGAACAUCCUGCCCAGACAAUACCAACAUUUCGACACAUUACCCAACAUCAAACCCGGAGACGAGGCGAAGUAUGGCGGGUCCGUGUCGCUGGCGGACUACUGUCCAUACCUUCAGGAAUUCUCCUGGAAACAUAAGAGCGUUCUCGUCAGAGGCAGCAGGUGUUCCUAUGAGGAGAAUACGCCCAAUAUGGAGGUAAAUUUCGCUCUCGAGAACUACGGGCCGCACUCGAAGUGCUUCGAUCACAGCGACAAGGUCUGGGAGCAGAAGUCGUGUAGGCAGAUAAGAGAAUGGCAACACUGGGGUUCCGGAUGUUACAAGUACAAAUGUGAAAACGGAAGGAUUCACGUAGUGGUCGGUAACUACACCUACACCUGCUACUUCGCCGGCCAGGUGCUGCAGGUGAAGAUAAUACAGAAGGGCUGGCUUCAUAGAGGGGGCGUGGUUUGUCCUCCGUGUAGGGAGCUGUGCGGAGAAGAGUUCAAGUCCCGCAGCGAGUACUGUAAGGGCGGGGAGGAGGCGCCCCCCCCUAAUUUGUACCCGAACGACUUCCUCGCGUGCGGCGGAAGCGCCAACCGGGCGGCCAUUUUGUUGGUGGCCGCCAUUCUGUGUGUGAUCCGUUUGAAAUAAGACUGUGUGACCAAAAAAAUGACAAUGUAACAUGAACUUACCUUUAUUCGGUCUGCUUUGACCUCUACCACUUAAAUAAUGACCCGCUCGAGUAAAGCGGGGAGGAAACUUAAUUUAAUAUAAUAUUUUUUUUUUAUAAAUGGCUAUGAGUUGUGUAAAUUUAUAUAUAUGUAUAUAUCUUCAUUAAAGCAGUUUUCUUUAUUAAUUUACAACAAAAAUUUAUAUAUAUUUUUUUUGUGUAAAAAUACCAUAUUUUAUAAUGAUUAUGAUAUUUUAAGUUAUUAUUUUUUUUAGUCAAUUUCGUUACUUAAGUCGUCUUAGUUAGUUAGGUCCUACGCCAUACCGUAAUUUAUUCCUUUAAUUAUAAUAAAUAAAACGUUUUUUUUUUUACUUAAAACUG